AUGCUUGCUUUUCCCAGGUACAAGUUUGAAGAAGGGCUCCUGUGUCGUGUCUGUGUAAUUAUUCCGGUUGCAGGCCCGACACCGCACACCACAGCCCCCCGGCUCAAGGAGACUGGCGGGGCAGAGCGUUUUCUUUGGUUUGCCAAGUCCAUGCGGGACCCAGGCACUAAGCCAUGCUUCACGCCUGACGUUUGGAACUGCGCCGACACGAGCGUCGAGCACCCCGAGGUGGGGCAGCUCUACCUGUCUCUGGGGCUUUCGCUGCUCUGUUGCGUCCUCUGUGGCCUGGGUGCCUUCCUGCUGGCGCAGCUCCGGCGCGAAGCGCCGGAGCCAGAGGCUUUGGAUGAGGAGGGCCAGCUGGCGCCCAGCCAAGGCCCCGACUUGCCCUUCCCCAAGGUGGCCGUUCCAAAGCAGAUCUUAGACUGGGCCGCUGCAGAGCCUGACCGGGUUUGUUUGGUCGCAGAGGGGAAGGAGCUCACCUACCACGACCUGCUGCUCCUUUCCCGGCGCUGCGCUGCCAAGCUCCUGCAGCUUUUUGCCGAGUCCGGCGAGCACGGCGGCCGCGACGCGCUCGCCGCGCGGCUGGUGGCGCUGUACCUGCAGCCGGGGCCGGCGCUGGUGGCGGCGGUGCUGGGCACGUGGCUGGCGAAGAGCGCCUGGACGCCCCUGGACCGCAAGAGCCCAGCGCUGCGGAUCCGGGAGCUCGUGAAGCAGGUGAAUCCCCAGGCAGUGAUCUGCGACGAUCAGUCCCCCUUUGAGCAGCUGGAGGUGCCCGUGGUGCAUAUGAACAAGGCGGACAAGGCGACCCCCGCUGAGAUCGGCUGGGAGGGGUCCCUGGACAGCCUGGCGCAGGUGAUUUAUACCUCGGGCUCCACCGGCACUCCGAAAGGUGUGAUCUUCAGCCACGGGCGCUUGGCCCACUCCACCCACUUCUUUGCAGAGCAGUGCGGGGUCGGCCUGGCCACCCGAGUUUUGCAGAAGACGCCCAACAUUUGGUCCGUGUUCCGGCAUGAGGUGUACCCCGCCCUUUGUCGGGGUGGUGUUGUGGUGCACCCAGACCCCUUGAGGACCGCGGACCCGGUGCACCUGGGGAAGGUCAUCGGCCAGAACCAGGUCUCGCUGCUGGUGGCCACGCCCGCGGUGCUGGACCUGGUGCUCGACGCCAACGAGCUGAUGCCCACCCUGAGGUACAUCGUUUGCAUGGGCGAGCCCCUCUCUUGGUCCAUGGCCGAGAAGGUCUACCGCUCGCUUCCUUUCGUCAACCUGAUGAACUUCUAUGGCUCCACAGAGACGGAGAACACCACCUUCACCGUGCCCAAGAUCGGCGGCGAGGAGUGGCAGCGCUGCAAAGGCCGGGCGGUGCCCGCCGGAAGGCCACAGCCCCAUGUGCACGUGUAUCUGCUGGAGCCGGGGUCCCUGGAGCCCAGCAGCCCGGGGGAGAUCUGCUUCAGCGGCAUCAUGGCCGACGGCUACUUCGGCGCCCCCGAGCUCACCGCCAGGAGCUUCGUGGAGCACCCCACGCUGGGGCGGCUGUACCGCACCGGGGACUUGGGCCAGUGGAGCCAUCAGCAGCUCACAGUCCUGGGUCGCAUCGACCGGCAGGUGAAGAUCCGUGGCGCGCGAGUGGAGCUGCAGGAGCUGGAGCUCACCCUGGCACCGCUGGUCUCGGCGAUUUGUGCGGUGGCGGCAGAGGGGGAGGAAGGCCACCUGCACAUCGUAGCCUUCGUGGUGACGGAGGAUCUGGAGGCUCUGAAGGAGCAGGCCAGAAGCCGCCUCUCUGCGGCGCUGAUGCCAACCCUCUUCCAGGCGCUGCCGAGCUUGCCGCGCUUGGCCAAUGGGAAGGUGGAUAUGCAGGGCUUGAAAGCGCUGGCCUCUGAAGCGCUAGCGGAGGCACAGCGUGAGGCGGAGAGCGAGACCACCACAGCGCUGGACUCUCUGGGUAUGCUGCAGCACCUCACCAAGUCGCAGCUGGAGGAGGACCGUUGGGUGCAGAACCAGCAAGCCUUUUGGACGCUCAUCGUCAUGAUGGCGCACUUUGCGUUGAUACAGGGUGCAGGUGAGGCUGGACGAAUGACAAUAGACAUCGAGUCGGCGUUGAGCCACGGCAAGGACAUGUCGGCCUUCGUGUUGCUCUUGGGCUUUGCGGACGCGCGGAACGGGCCGCAGCUGAGCACGCGGGACGGGGCGGCGCUCGUCCUGGCGCUGUCGAUGACCUUCGUCUUGCCGUGGAUCCUACGACCACCGUGCCUCCUCCUCUUUGGCAGCAGCGUGGCGGAAGAGUUCUUCUCUCCCUACUAUCCCAGAGUCCAGCACGAGUGGUUCCUGUACAGCUACCUCUUUGCGCGGGUGGUGCUGGUUCUGCUGAGUCGCUUUGGGGAGGGACUUUGGCAGGCCGUGCUGGUGUUGUCCCUCGCGUGCAUGUUGCCGGACGACGUACUCUGGCUGCAGCUGUCGCUGAAGCUCCGCAGAUUUCUGCGGGCUCAAGACCACAUCAUCAACUUCAAGGGCCUGCGCUGGGCCACGCUCUUCGUGGCGGGGAUAUACCUCCUCUCCUACCACCUCACCCGCGCGGGGCUGCUGACGCGCUGCCGGCGCACGGGCGGGCGGCGGCUGAAAAACGCGGAGGCCUGGCUGGAGCGGCGCCUGGGCCAGGCCAGGGGCUUGCGCGCGAGCCUCUGCCUGGCCUGCUGGGUCUUGUACCUGGCGCUGUCGCUGGUCUCGGGCAUCGAUCCCAAGCUGGGCCUCGGACGCUUCGGCUACCAGGAUGGAUUCCAGGCGGUCUACAAAGAGGGCAAUGAUUGGACGCUGGCGAGCCACAGCGUGUCCUGGCACUACAUGACGCAUCCCUCCUUGAUGGCAUACGUGCUCCUGUGGAUCGGCGAGCUGCUGCAGAACCUUCUGCCCUGCGUGGCAGUUGGGGUGGCCAUGGCGCUCAUGCCUUGGCACUUCAAGACCAUGGGCAGCACUUGUUUCGGGAACUACGUGAUCCACGUCUACCUCGCUCAGUUCUCCCACUUUGCGGAGCAGCCGGUGCUCUCUCGCAUCACCCGACCAGAGUGGGGCCUCAAGGUGAACUUUGUGAUUACCUUCUCGUAUAACAUCAUCGUCUGCCUCUUGUUUGCCCACACGGUGGGGGUGGCCUUCCACCACUUGCUGGUGGGCGUGAUGAAGGCCUUCACCGCCCUGCUGCAGAGGAAGAAGGGCUGA